AGCUGUCCCAGGAAUCAUGGCACUGAAACUGCAGCGUGAGCACAAAAUCAACAGCCAAUGAUCACACAGACAGACACCUAGAAGGAAUGCGUGCGCCUAACAUUAGGACAGUCCGAAAGCUGGGAUGAAAUAUAGUUAAUGGAUACACACGCACCAUUGUGUUCUUUGAGCACGGGAAUUCGGUGGUUACGAAAACGACGGUGAUGUAUUGAAAACUAACGACAGCUAUGCUCCCUGGAAGCUUUGAACAGCACGCCAACGACAGACAGAGUUUCGCUUUGGAUAGUUCUCUAUGAACAGAUUCUUUGAUUCACCAUUUGUGAUGAAUGGCACAUCUAUGAGAAACCCAUACAGAUAUUCUCAACCAGACAUCAACAAUGAACCAAUGGGAUGAUGCUUCUGAUGUUUCUUGGACCACUCUGGAAGAUACUGUGGGAGUAGAUUCAUCUUUGGGGAUGAAAUUAUGAAAGCCUGUUUUAACUAUUUAUUGAUGUUCUAGCCGAAACAACCCGAAUAUCCAAUGUGUUCUGAUACUUGUUUGCGCCAAUGGAAUAUGUUAUUAAUGGGAAAGGUGCCAAGGCAGUUUGGACUUUUUUAGGGGGUAACACUUCCUGUAAGUAGACAUCACAUUUUAUUCAAUGAUUUGUAGAGGAGCUUUUUAGCCUUAGUGUCACCGCAUGGUGCUGCUAAUUCCUCAGUGAUGCUGCGUGGUCCAGACAUGCUGAAGAGCCGCUGCUGCGUCCUAUUUGGUGACCUGAAGGUGCUGUUACUCCGGCCCCCGUCUCCGGUAACGGUAUUGAUCCCCAUGACCGGACACGUACCGGACAGCCAUGGGGUCCCUUCAGACGUCAGUGGACCGGACGACAACACGUUAACGGCCCAUCAGGGUCCGGGGGACAUACGGACUGCCCCGCCACCGGGGGGUGCCAGCGGGCCGGAGAGAGACAGGCUGGCGGGGGGCUCAGGCUGGGUUGAUGCGGCAGAGCCACCGGGGGUAUUACACUGCAGCAGCUCCUCUGAUAGCUGGGCUAAGGACAAGCUGGAACAGAGGUUCUCCUUGUGCAGUUAUAGUGAGAGUGGCAGCCUCAGGACACCUGUCUGCAGGAUCUGCUUCCAGGGACCUGAAACGGGGGAGCUGCUGAGCCCAUGUCGCUGCAGUGGGUCGGUUCGCUGUAUCCACCAGCCCUGCCUCAUCAAGUGGAUCAGUCAGAGAGGAUCCUGGGCCUGUGAGCUCUGCUACUACAAGUACCAGGUCAUCAGCAUCAGCACCAGGAACCCGCUACAGUGGCAGUCCAUCUCCCUGGCGGUGAUAGAGAAGGUUCAGAUAGCUGCAGCGAUUCUGGGGUCUAUGUUCCUGGUGGCCAGUCUGUCCUGGCUGGUCUGGUCCUCCUUCAGCCCCUCGGCACGCUGGCAGAGACAUGACCUGCUUUUCCAGAUCUGCUACGGCAUGUACGGAUUCAUGGACAUCGUCUGCUUCGCUCUAAUCAUCCAUGAAGGACCUUCAGUGUUCCGUAUCUUUAACCGGUGGCAGGCUGUCAACCAGCAGUGGAAGGUUCUCAACUACGACAAGACCACUGACAGUGAGAGCCUGAAGACAGCAGCCACAGUGCGGACUCUCUCUCAGCCUCAGUCUAGCCAGAGAAACCAGGCUGGGACAGGAUUAGGACCCUCCUCUGCCACCUCCCCUCUGGCUGCUGCCACCACAGCACCGGACUUAGCUACAGCAUCACCAGCUACAGCGAUUGGGCAGGUCACACAGGGUUCCACUGAGCAGGCCAGGGGGACAGCUGGACCAGACCAACACUGUGCUGCCUACAAUAUCCUCCACCUUCUCAGCCACCUGAGGCAGCCAGAGGCCCACGGCUACCCCAGCCACAGCACCCGGGAGCUGGUCAUGAGAGUCACUACAGUCUGAGGCUCUGACUGAGGCCUUGUCAAGGAGAGAUUUGACAUUGAAAUGGAAGGCCUUGGUCUAAAAAGACCAACAAUGUUUAAAAUGCACCGUUGAUGACCUUAAAAACAUGAUCCCCCCUGUGGAAACAUCAGUGGGGGGGUGUUUUCUGUCUAUAGUAAAGCCCUUUUGUGUGGAAAAACUCAUUCUGAUUGGCUGAGCUCCCCGGUGGGUGGGCCUAUGCCCUCCCUAAC